GUCAAUAAUGACAGAUCUGUUCUACCUCAGUCAAACUGAUGGAGCAGGUGCUUGGCGAGAAAAAGAAGCCAAAGAUUUGACAGAGCUAGUGCAGAGGAGAAUAACUUAUCUUCAGAAUCCCAAGGAUUGUAGCAAAGCCAAGAAACUAGUAUGCAAUAUCAACAAAGGAUGUGGUUAUGGUUGUCAACUUCAUCACGUGGUCUAUUGCUUCAUGAUAGCAUAUGGCACUGAAAGAACACUGAUUUUGGAAUCUCAGAAUUGGCGCUAUGCAACUGGAGGCUGGGAGACUGUUUUUCAGCCAGUGAGUGAAACAUGUACUGAUAGAUCAGGAAGUACUACAGGGCAUUGGUCAGGUGAAAUGAAUGACAAAAAUGUUCAAGUUAUAGAAUUGCCUAUAGUUGACAGUCUACAUCCACGGCCUCCAUAUUUGCCCCUGGCAAUUCCAGAAGAUCUGGCUGAUAGAUUAAUUCGUGUCCAUGGGGAUCCUCCAGUAUGGUGGGUCUCACAGUUUGUCAAAUACUUAAUUCGUCCACAGCCUUUGUUAGAAAAAGAGAUAGAAGAAGCCACAAGAAAACUUGGUUUUAAACAUCCAAUUAUUGGUAUUCACGUCCGUAGAACAGACAAAGUGGGAACCGAAGCAGCCUUUCAUCCAAUUGAAGAAUACAUGGCACAUGUUGAAGAACGUUUCCAACUUCUUUCCCGGAAAAAGCAUAUUGACAAAAAGCGAGUCUAUUUGGCUACAGAUGAUCCUUCACUGUUGCAAGAGGCAAAAUCCAAAUAUCCAAACUAUGAAUUCAUAAGUGACAAUUCCAUAUCAUGGUCAGCGGGUCUUCAUAAUCGAUACACUGAAAACUCUCUGCGGGGUGUUAUUUUGGAUAUACACUUCUUGUCUCAGGCAGACUUCCUUGUGUGCACUUUUUCUUCACAGGUUUGUCGAGUGGCUUAUGAAAUCAUGCAGACAUUACAUCCCGAUGCAUCGGCCUAUUUUCAUUCUUUGGAUGAUAUUUAUUAUUUUGGGGGACAGAAUGCCCACAACCAGAUUGCAAUUUAUGCUCAUCAUCCUCAAACUGCUGAUGAAAUUCCUAUGGAACCUGGAGAUAUAAUUGGUGUUGCUGGAAACCACUGGGAUGGCUAUUCCAAAGGCAUCAAUAGAAAAUUAGGGAGAACAGGUUUAUACCCUUCCUAUAAAGUAAAAGAGAAAAUUGAGACAGUCAAGUAUCCCAUAUAUGAAGAGGCUGACAAAUAAAGGCAAGCAAAAUAAUUCAUAGCAACUUUUACUUUGAACUAUUACAACCAACCAUAUUGUUGACUUUUGUAGGAUGUGAAUUUGCAUUUUAACAUAUGGUUAAAAUGAAAGCCUUUUACUGUUCAGACUGGAUGCACAGCGUGGAACAAUUUGAUAGGGCACUGUUUGAACUUUGUUAUAUGCACACUGCACACAUGCACACUGAUACACAUUCAACAGGAACUAUUGUUUUAUACUCUUUGUCUUUUUGGGAAUAUGUCCCUCUCAUGGAUCAUAUAUGAAUUCUGGGCUCAGUUCUUUGCCAUUAAUAAACUAUAAGACUUAACAUUGCUGCAUUAUGUAAUUUAAGUGACAUGAGCAUAUUUUGUAUGUGCAGAAUAUAAAAUAUGGUGCCUCUUUUUGAAAGAUCAGUGACAUUUUAGAAGAGCCAUGUCUCGUUCUCCUGAUGGGCAAGACUUAUGCCUGCCUUUCACUGAUGUUGUUAUGUCCACUCAAUGUGCUCCAACCAACAGAUUUAAAUAACCAGAACAGAUAUUUCUUUACAGGAUUUUUGUUAGCAAUUUCAUUGAUUUAAUUCACCUCAUCAUUAAUUAAAAAAAUACAUCCAACUAUACAACAAUUGUCUGGUAGAAAUUUUUGUAAAAUUAUGCCAUGAGCUGAUUCUUUAGUACUGUUUCUGGACAUUGUCUUUGAUAACA